UACUUUUAGAAAACAUCGAUUAUUUUACACAUCCCUAGAUCAACUCAAGAAGAGGAUUUAAUUGUUUAUAUUUCUAUUUUUGGAAUUGCUUAAUACUUCAUAAUUUAUGCGUUAAUAAUUUACUUACAUACGUCCAAGGAAAUAAUAAGAUUAAAGAGCUUCCAUACAUUAAUAAAAAAUGACCACUAAGGUUGUGAAAUAUGUUGGUCGCACGACCGAUUUCAAAGGAAAAACCUUGUGGGAAAUAGUGGGAAGCUUAAAAAACUUCGGAGUAGGAAGACUAAUAGUCCGCCAGGUUUUUAAUAGGUACCCUGAACCCAGUUUUAUGAGAAUUGUUAAAGUAGAAACUUGUCCUGAUGAGGAGAGACGAAGAGUCCGUGUAUGGGUUGAAAAAACUUUUAGAGGAAGAAAAUUGCCAGAGAUUACAGAAAUUUAUCGCACAUCAUAUAAACCUGAUUAUCAAUUGAUAUCUAAAGACGAGGAGCAAGAAUUAUACAAGAAGCUUGCUAAUGAAUAUAAAUAUGCUGAUGUUAUUUUGCCUAAUGUUAUUGAAAUGCCACCUCUAAUGAAAAAGUUUAUUGUUCGAGAUCAUGAAAAGAAAGGUUUACAGACCUUAAAGGAAUUUGUUAUGCCACUAAGCUACAAGCAUAGCCCUAACAGAGUGGCAAGGAUAGCAAAGGGUGAUGAAAAACCUACUAUCCAGUUUGGGAUGGGUUUAGGAAAACCGAUAAGUCCAUCACUGUAUCAAGGAGUUCCCUUAGAGUAGUUCAUGCUUAAAAAUAUCAAAGAUGGAUUUUAUUUUAUGUAAUGUAUUAAAUAUAAAGUGUAAACCUUUGUCCUUUAAGUUUUUAAUAGAAUGAAGGUACAUUAUUAAAUAUUUACCUAAAAUACCUUGUCUAUGCACUUGUUAAAAUUGUCAUAGGUCCCUAAUAUAAAGUAGUAAGAUCAGAUACAUGAUUAGUUAAAAAUAAAAUCCUACUUUUCCAUCAACCUAGUUACUGUUUUAUUAUUAGUGUAGAUAUUUAAAUAAACUGUUUUAUUAACAUAAA